CUCCUAAAAAAUCGAAAGCCAUCCCAUUACCCAGAUCAACAUUGAGCACUUCUACUAGAACUCUAGCUUUAACAACCCAGAAACAAGACAAAAGUAGUCAAAAUGGUCAAAGCAGUUGCUGUCAUCCGGGGUGACUCCAAGGUCACUGGAACCGUCACCUUCGAGCAAGCCUCUGAGUCCGACCCUACCACUGUCUCGUGGGACAUUACCGGCCACGACCCUAACGCUCAACGUGGCUUCCACAUUCACACGUUCGGUGACAACACCAACGGCUGCACAUCCGCCGGCCCCCACUUCAACCCCCAUGGCAAGACUCACGGCGACCGGACCGCCGAGACCCGCCACGUUGGAGACCUAGGCAACAUCACCACUGAUGCUCAAGGCAAUGCUAAGGGUUCCGUUCAGGACUCCCUUAUCAAGCUGAUCGGACCCGAGAGCAUCAUCGGCCGAACCGUCGUCUCUCACGCUGGUACCGACGACCUUGGCAAGGGUGGCAACGAGGAGAGUCUGAAGACCGGCAAUGCUGGUGCCCGCCCUGCCUGCGGCGUUAUUGGCAUCUCCAGCUAAAUUUAUACUGGAUGAGAAGAAGGCUUAGGGAUGAAAUUUAGCUUCGUUGAACAAGUUCAAACGUCAUGUAAUUGGUCAUACCUAGCUAGCUCUUCGAAAUAAAUUCCGUGGCAUUUAAACACCUUUUUCUGAGACUGAGAUCUCAUACU